AUGUAUAAUUUAUAUAGUAAUGAAACUGAGCCUGAUAAUGAAACACAGCAGUCACUAAAUGAGGCUAGUCACUGUCAGACUGAGACCCCGCAGGCCUUUGAUGAUGAACAAUCUACCAGCUCACAGGAUCCUCCAACUCCAUUAUCUGAAGGUCUUCCACCUGUUAAGCAACCAAGGGUUUGUCACACUGAUCUUGGAACAUUUCUACCAACUGUAUCAGCUGGUCGUACUGCUGUGACGGAUCAUGAUAAGUUUUGUCUAAUUGAGGAACAUUUUGUACCUGAGCCAUCAUGCAAUCUCCACAAUUUUGAGCACAAUCCAUCUGCACAACACGGCAACUUCUUGGCACUUUUACAAUUUAGAAUAGCAGCAGGGGAUACAGUCCUGAAAGAACACCUGCUGAGUGGCUCUGUAGUUAAGAGGAAUGCGACAUACACAUCUUAUCGUAUUCAGAAUGAAAUUCUUGAUAUCCUAGGCAAUAUAAUUACACAAAAGAUUGUCACCAAAAUUGAAAUGGCUUCCUAUUAUAGUAUUAUCAUUGCAGACAAAGUUACUGACUGCUCAAACAAAGAACAACUUGCUAUUGUUUUGAGAUGCGUGAAUGCUGACGACAAUGUCAUACAUGAGGACUUACUGGCUUUUUUAGAAUGUGACAGUGGAAUCACUGGAAGUGCUCUGUCUCAAAAAAUCAUUUCAUUUUUGGUUUCUUUGGGAUUAGAUCUUUCCAAGCUACGUGACCAAGCUUAUGAUGGUGCUGGCAAUAUGUCGGGUAGCCUUAAGGGUACAGCAGCUUUAAUAUUCAAGGACCAUCCUUUAGCUCUCUACCUUCAUUGUGCUUCUCACAACCUAAACUUGGCUGUUGUUAAGUGCCUGGAUGAGAGAAGUAUUAGCAAUAUGAUCGGGACUGUUGAAAAAGUUUCGAUUUUUUUCUCUGCACAUCCAAAAAGGCAAAGAAAACUUGAGGAUAGCAUAGACAACACGUUGCCUGCUGGCACACUUCCAUCAAGAGUCAAGAAGCUUAAAGACUUGUGUCGUACUCGGUGGGUGGAAAGGAUAGAUGCCUUAGAUUGGUUUUGGAAGCUACUUCCAUGUUUGGUUUCAUGUUUUGAAGCAAUUUCCAAUGAAGGUUCCAGUAAAUGGAGUAGACUCCUUGACAGAUGCCAACACCCUUUCUCUGGCCAUCACAACAACUGA